AUGGCGCGCCCGGCGGCGGCGGCGGCCGUCGUGUGCCUGCUGGGCCUGCUGGGCGCGGCCGGCGGCGGGGGGCCGGGCUGCCCCGACGGGGAGCGCUGCGGGCUGCGCAGGGCGCGAUCGGCGGCCCCCGGCCCCGGCGGGCCGUCGGAGGGCGGCGGCGUGGAGGAGCCGCGGGCAGGGAGCCGCGCCGCCCCGCUGCGCCGGAGCGCCGGGGCCGGCCCCGACGGCCAGGCGCCGCCGGCCGCCCUCUACUUCUCCGGCGGCCGGGAGCAGCUGCUCUGGCGGCCGGGGCUGGGCGCCCAGCUGCCCCGCGGCCAGUUCACCGUCGAGGCCUGGGUCAAGCCCGAGGGAGGCCAGGGCAACCCGGCUGUCGUCGCAGGUGUGUUUGACAAUUGCUCCCACAUUGCCAGUGUCAAGGGCUGGACUCUGGGCAUCCGCUCGCAGGAGAAGCGUGGCAAGAAAGACGCCCGCUUCUUUUUCUCGCUCCGGACGGACCGGGUCAAGAGGUCCUCUGUCAUACUGGCGCACCGCCGCUACCAGCUCAAUACUUGGACCCACCUGGCCGCCACCUACGAUGGGCACCAGAUGUUGCUGUACCUCGAUGGGGAGCGAGUCGCUCGUAGUGCCCAGCAGUCGGGGGCCCUGCACAGCCCAUUCAUGGCCUCUUGUCGCGCCUUAAUUUUGGGUGGUGACAACUCGGAGGACGGGCACAAUUUUCGGGGGCAUGUGGCCCUGCUGGCCCUUUGGAGUGUCGCUCUGCCACAGGAGAAACUUCAGCGGGCCUUCUUGAGGAAGAUGGAAGAUAGGGAGUCAGGUGUCCUGCUCAGUGCCAGGUUCAGCCGCUUGGAGCAGCAGUGGGUGACAUUUAAGGAUGGGGCCUACCCACUGGUGGAAUCUUUUCCCGCCCCAGAACCUCAGGUUCUGUCCCCGCUCCUGCCCCCUCCGUGCGGACAGACUGCCUGUGACAACGUGGAGCUGAUCUCCCACUACAACAGCCACUGGCCGUUGAGGAACGAAAAAGUGGUGCGCUACCGUGUGGUCAAUAUCCACGACGACGACGGGUUGCGUCCAACCAUCACCCGGGAGCAGAUUGCCUAUCAGCACCGGGCGCUGAGCAAGGCCUUCGGUCCCUACAACAUCACGUGGCAGCUGAACAUUCACGAGGUGUACAACUCCGUGCUCCGCUACCGCGCAAUCCUGAUGAACUGCGAGCCCGGCAAGAUUGGCAACGAGGUCUGCGACCCUGAAUGCGAGCACCCGCUGACUGGCUACGAUGGGGGCGACUGCCGGCGGCCGGCGCGCUGCUACACCUGGGAGCGCAGAGACGGCGUUUGCAACAUGGAGUGCAACAAUAUGGUGAACGAUUUUGACGACGGAGACUGCUGCAACCCCAGGGUGACCAACGUAAGGAAGACUUGCUUCGACCCCGAUUCUCCGCACCGGGCAUACAUGAGCGUUAAGGAGCUCAAGGAGGUUCUACAACUGAACAGCACUCACUUCCUCAAUAUCUACUUUGCCAACUCGGUUCGGGAGGAGCUGGCGGGUGCUGCCACCUGGCCCUGGGACAAGGAUGCCCUUGGCCAUCUGGGAGGAGUGGUCCUCAAUCCAACAUACUAUGGUAUGCCAGGUCAUACAAACACAAUGAUCCAUGAAGUAGGACAUGUCUUGGGACUAUACCAUGUCUUUAAAGGGGUGAACGAAAGGGAAUCCUGUGACGACCCAUGUAGGGAGACAACACCGUCUAUGGAGACUGGAGACCUUUGUGCAGACACGGCUCCUACUCCCAAAAGCAAACUCUGUCGAGACCCAGAUCCUACCAAUGACACCUGUGGCCAGACCCACUUCUCGGGAACUCCGUUCAACAAUUACAUGAGCUACACAGAUGAUGAUUGCACAGACAGUUUCACCCCAAACCAAGUGGCUCGGAUGCAUUGCUAUCUGGAUUUGGUGUAUCAGCAGUGGAGCCAGGGCAGAAAACCCACCCCUAUUCCCAUGCCGCCAAUCGUCAUUGGGCAGAGCCAAAACUCCCUCACAAUACACUGGUCGCCCCCCAUUAGCGGGGCGCUUUAUGAAAGGGAAUCAGGAAACCUUUGUGGAAACUGCGCUGAAGAUGGAACAUUUAGCCAGUAUGUACACGAGGCCUCCUCCCCUCGGAUUUGCGAUUCCUCUGGCUACUGGACUCCAGAGGAAGCAGUAGGGCCUCCAGAUGUGGAUCAGCACUGUGAACUCAGCUUGCAGGCCUGGAGCCCUGAGUUCAACCUCUUCAACAUGAGCAUGACCACUCCUUGCCCUCAGCCACUCGGCUGCAUUUUGGAGCUGCGUUUCCUGCAUCCCGUCUAUCCAGACUCUCUAAUGGUUUGGACCACCUAUUUCUCUACGGACUCCCCUAGAGCACUAUCGGACGUAGAGAUCCUGACAGAGCAGGGAGACUCCGUGCACCUGGGGCCCAUGGACACGUACUGUGACAUCCCUCUCACGAUCAAACUCAGUCUCAACAAGAAGGUGUCUGGGGUAAAGAUCUACACGUUCGAUGAUCAUAUGCAGAUUGAUGCUGCACUCCUGGUUUCCACGCCCCAGAGCCCGCUUUGUUCCAGCUGCAAACCAGUAAGGUACAGAGUUCUCCGGGAUCCACCAUUUCUGGACGGUUCCCCGGCGAUGGUGACGCAACCAGGCCAAAAGUUUAUCGACACGGAAGUCACAGCAGGCCAGUUGUAUCGGUACCAGGUGCAAGCCGUGGCAGGGGCAGCUGUAGGAGAAGCCUCCCCUCCUCUGCUCCACAUCCACGGCUCUUCUUAUUGUGGAGACGGAAAGAUAAGCAUGAGCCUUGAAGAAGAGUGUGAUGACGGAGACCAACUAAAUGGGGAUGGUUGCUCUAGAACCUGUAAAAAAGAACAAGGAUUCCACUGUGUUGGUGAACCAAGCCUAUGUUAUGUCCAUGAAGGAGAUGGCCUUUGCGAACCGUUUGAGAUCACCAACAGCAUUGAUGACUGUGGACUCUACACUCCCAAGGAGUACAUCGAUCAGUGGGCCUCAGAGGCCUAUGCUUCCCAUCAGGACCAAAAAGCCUGCCCAGUUUCCCUGGUGACUGGAGAACCUUUUGUGAGGGUGUGCAAGCCUCAUCUUCAAGACACACUGGAGUAUCAGCCUCUCAUGGCUUGGUUCCCUUGUACCAGCCAUGAUGAUCUGCAAGAUACUGAGGAGAAAAUGCUCUCGGAUGAUAGGAUUUGGCUGAAAGUGUGCUUCAGCAAACCCAGCCCAGCUACCUCACUGUUUGUUUUUCUGGCUUCCGAUGGCAUGUCGGCUGGGGACCAGCCCAAACCUACUGUGACAGUUCACUUGGGUGACAUCAGUGGCCACAGCCAUUUCCUGGCAACAUACGAGCUAUCGUGUCAGCAGAAUCCACUGGUUAUCAACAUAACGGACAGCCUUGCAGUUCACCAAAUCCGCUCGGCUGUGUUCACCUUCUCCUCUCUUCUUGUGGCCAUCUCUGCGGUGGCCCUGCGGACGCAUUCUUCCUCAUACCCUUCCAACCCGAGCAACUGCCUCCCGGAAAAUGAGGGACGCAGCCACGAGAAAUACAGUUGCACGCCAAAUACCUGCGGAGAGAAAGGCAGCUGUGGGCUGCCAUUUAUCCAUCAUGCUGCUAUGGUCAAGUGUGCCCCCAGCAGCCAGGGGCUCACACAGUGCUUUGUUACCUGUGAAAAAGGGUUUGUCCUCCACGCCAGCCAGGGGCAAAUGCUCCGCCCAGGACAGAAAGAAAUCCUGCUGACUUGCAGUUCUGGGCAGUGGGACAGAUCUGUGACGUGUGCCCCUGUUGACUGCCAGUUUCCUGACCAGUCGAACGUGCUUUAUGCUGAGUUCUCCUGCCCUAAAGGGACCACCUUCUUGAAGCGAUGCUUCUUCUCCUGCGUCAAACCAGCUAAGCUUCAAGGAAUGAGUCAGUGGCUGACCUGCCUGGAGGAUGGCCUCUGGUCACUCCCAGAAGCUUACUGCAAGUUAGAGUGUGACCCUCCACAGCCAGUCGCCAAUGCUAAACUGCUGCUGCCCCGAUGCCUGCAAGGGAACCAUGAUGUUGGUUCCAUCUGCCGAUACAAAUGCAAGCCUGGAUACCACGUGGCAGAAACCACCGAGGGAAAGUCCAGGAAAAAGUUCCUGAGUAUUGCGUGUCUGGAAACUGGCUUCUGGGAGGCAGGCAGCUGUGUCCCUGUGCUGUGUAAGCCACCACCACCAGUCUUUGAAGGAAUGUACAAUUGCACCAAUGGCUUUCAGCUCGACAGUCAAUGUGUACUCAGCUGCAGCCCACAGAGUAAGAGGGUCCCUAUCCUAUGCACUAAAGAUGGAUUAUGGACUGAUGAAUUUAAAUUGUGUGAAGAUCUGCAAGGGGAAUGUUCACCACCCCAAGAACUGAAUUCAGUAGAGUAUAAGUGCGACCAAGGUUAUGGAAUUGGUGCUGUGUGCAUUCCUUCCUGUCUAAUUCCGCUCAGCGAUCCUGUGACACUGCCUGAAAAUGUCACUGUCGACAGCAUGGACCACAGAUUGCAACCAAUCCGAAUCCAGAAUAUUGUGUGCACUGGAAAAUUAGAAUGGCAUCCAGAUCCAAAAGUCAUUCAUUGCAUCGAUUCCUGUGAGCCUUUCCUAGCCGAUGGUUGGUGUGACACUAUCAACAACAGAGCCUAUUGUCGGUACGAUGGGGGUGAUUGUUGCUCCUCCACAGUUUCCUCCAGGAAGGUGGUUCCGUUUCCUGACGACUGUGACCAGGACGAGUGCAGCUGCCGGGACCCCACGGCAGAAGAGAAUCAGUGA